UGGGGCAGGAGAGCCUCGUCAUAAAAUCCCUAUUCCUCCACCCCUAACCUGCAUGAGGAGUUCCUGCCAGCCAUACGACUCAGUAACCUUUAACACUGGACUUACAUGCAACUGGGGCUGCAAUGGGAUCAAAUUUAAGUACAAGUGAGACUUUUACGAGCACCUCAGCACCAGCGGUGAGAACGGCACCAGUAUCUCCCUUCAACUUGCUCACUGUAAAAAUACUAAGAGUGAGGAAUGCCCGGAAGGCAGACUUCCUCACCCUCUCAGACUGCUAUGUGACACUGUGGCUGCCCACUGCCUCCGCAGAGAAGGUUCGGACCAGGACCAUCAGGAACAGCAAAAACCCUGUUUGGAAUGAAGCUUUCUGCUACAAGAUUGACCGCCGUGUCAAGAACGUGCUGGAGCUGAAGGUGUGUGACGAAGACACGGUCACCAGGGAUGAUGAACUCUGCACGGUUCUCUUUGACAUAGACAAGCUCACUGUGGGGCGUACUGUCCGUGUGAAGUUCCAGCUGAAUCCACAGGCACGUGAGGAGCUGGAGGUGGAGUUCACAUUGCAGAACACUCUGGAUUAUCCUGAUGGCAUUAUUACAAAUGGAGUACUAGUGGCACGUGAGGUUUCCUGUUUGGAGGUUAGAGUGGAUACAGGGAAGCUGAAGCAGCAAUCCACAAACCCAGAGCUUACAUUUACAGUGAAAGGAUCACAUGAAGGAAGCCAGAAGAUUUUGCUGGACUCUGGCCCCAGCCUUCAUAUAAUCAUAUUCCACUGCAUCAUAAAUGACCAGACAAGACUGGAUAUCAUAUUACCAGAAGAGCUGACUGGUGGAAAUGAAACAGAGAAAUCUGGGGUCCUUUCUUUCCCCCUGAAUUCACUCCCUUUGCAGAAAGAAAUAAUACUAGAGGAGGAUAAUUCCUUUCACUUGUGCUUGACAGCGAGAAAAUGCUCAGGAGAUCUGGAUGUGCGCUUGGGGUUUAGCCUGUGCAUGGAGGAACAGAACUUCCUGCGGAAAAGGAAGAAAUAUGUUGCUGCUGCUCUGAAAAAGAUUCUUAAUUUGGAAGAGGAUCUGAAAGAGCAUGAGGUGCCUGUGGUGGCCAUCACGACAACCGGGGGAGGAACGAGGUCACUCACAGCGAUGUAUGGCAGCCUGCUGGGCCUCCAGAAACUCAACCUCCUGGACUGCAUUUCCUACAUCGGGGGUUUAUCGGGUACCACAUGGACCAUGGCAAACUUAUAUGAAGAUGCUAAUUGGUCACAAAAAUAUCUGGAGGAUGCAAUCAAGGAAGCUCGCAAGCAAGUAACCAAAUCUAAGAUCUGCUGUUUUUCUUUGGAUUGUCUGAAGUACUAUUACAAUGACCUGAUGGAGAGGACUAAAGAAGGACAUAACACUUCUUUCAUAGACCUUUGGGGUCUUGUCAUUGAAUCCAUGCUACAUGAUAAGAAAGACGAGCACAGACUCUCGGACCAGCGUCAGGCAGUGGAUAACGGCCAGAACCCACUGCCCAUCUAUGUGGCCAUCAACCUCAAGUCCAACUACAGUGCCCAGGCAUUCAGAGAGUGGCUGGAGUUCACUCCUUAUGAAGUUGGUCUGCUGAAAUACGGAGCAUCUAUUCGCGCAGAACACUUUGGAAGUCAAUUCUUUAUGGGAAGGAUGGUGAAGAAGCUCUCAGAGACUCGGAUCUGCUAUAUGCAAGGCAUGUGGAGCAGUAUAUUUUCCAUAGAUGUGAUGUAUGUCUGGAAUUUGGCUGCUGAUUCAGAAGAUUUCUGGUGCAGAUGGACCAGAGACAGAGUAAAAGAUAUAGCAGAAGAGCCCUUUCUGUCUGUGAAUCCCUAUGAAGUAGACACGUGUCUAUUCACUCCCUCGAGUGUCUUCUCCUCCACUCUGCGAGAUGUCUUAACAGGACGUCCAACCAUUGCACAGUAUCCCAAUUUUAUCAGAGGCUUCCAGCUGCAUAACAAGUACCUGGAGAGUGAAGGAUUUUCUACCUGGAAAGACACAGUGAUAGACUCCUUCCCAAAUAAACUGAUGGAAACAGCAGACAAUGAGCUCUCCCUGGUUGAUACUGGCUUUUUCAUUAAUACCAGCUACCCACCUCUCUUGAGGUCGAAGAGAGAGGUCGAUGUCAUCCUCCAUUUGAAUUACAGCGGAGGGUCCCAAACACUGCCUCUGGAUCAGAUUGCAAAGUACUUUUCGGAGCAAGAAAUUCCAUUUCCCAAAAUUGAGAUAAGUGAGGAAGACAGGGAAAACUUGAAGGAGUGCUAUGUGUUUGAAGAAGCUGACAGUCCACAAGCUCCAACAGUGCUUUUCUUUCCCCUAGUAAAUGAUACCUUCAAGAAAUAUAAAGCUCCUGGUGUGGAAAGGAGUCCUGAAGAGAUGGCUGAAGGCAAAGUUGAUGUCUCCAGCAUCCUCUCCCCCUUUACAACAAGAGAGGUGUGUUUCAGUGAAGAGAAUUUUGACAAACUGGUGAAACUGACAGAUUACAACGUCCUGAACAACGAGAAGUUGAUUAUUCAGGCCUUGCGCUUGGCAGUGGCACGGAGGAAGCAGAGGAAUUAUUAGCCACCACACGCUAUCUUCAGUCUUUCAUGUGGUAUUUCUUGGGUUGUCUAUGGCUUGCUGAGGUCGAGAUGUUUGAUUCUUAUCAGGGAUACUUGCAGUGGAAAUCACAUCAUCCUAAGGACAUUCUGGACUCCACCCUAUUUGCAUGGGUCUUCAGACAAACACAUUGGAAUUUACCAAUGGUUUAAUCCAAAACAAACUUCAAAGAAAUAAAUUUGUUCUUAGUUUUGUUACCAAGUUUCUUUACUAAUUGUUAUAUAUAUUCAAUAUAAAUUAUUAUAAUGUUGUGGAAGAUAAUGAUGAAUUAUGUGGCACAUUAAAAUUUGUAUCAAAAUAGUA